CCCCCCCCCAAACCAGAACACCUCACAUGACGGGUCACAUGACGUCAAGCCUCGACACCACCUCCUGCUUCACAGAGCGAGGCUAGCUGUUAGCUGUUAGCUUCACCUACCGGACUGACAGGCGGCCGACAUGAGUUUCCUAGGAGGUCUGUUUGGGCCGGUAUGUGAGAUCGACGUACUGCUGAAUGAUGCCGAGAACAGAAAGACCGCCGAGUUGAAGACAGAAGACGGGAAAGUGGAGAAACACUACCUGUUCUAUGACGGGGAGUCUGUGUCUGGCAAGGUGAAUCUAAAUGUGAAGCAGGGGGGAAAGCGACUAGAGCAUCAGGGCAUCCGCAUCGAGUUUGUUGGACAGAUAGAGCUUUUCUCGGAUAAGAGCAACACCCAUGAGUUUGUGGACUUGGUGAAAGAGUUGGCUCUACCUGGAGAACUCACCCAGAACAGGAGCUACGACUUUGAGUUCAUGCAGGUGGAGAAGCCCUAUGAGUCCUACACUGGAGCCAAUGUCAGGCUACGGUAUUUCCUCAGGGUGACAAUAGUUCGUCGUCUGUCUGACUUGGUCAAGGAAUAUGAGCUUAUUAUCCACCAGUUGGCUACCUACCCGGACGUCAACAACUCAAUCAAGAUGGAGGUCGGCAUAGAGGACUGUCUGCACAUUGAGUUUGAAUACAAUAAAUCCAAAUACCACCUCAAGGACGUGAUUGUUGGGAAGAUCUACUUCCUGCUGGUCAGGAUCAAGAUCCAACACAUGGAGCUGCAGCUCAUCAAGAAGGAGAUUACCGGCAUAGGUCCAAGUACUACCACAGAGACUGAGACGGUGGCAAAGUAUGAAAUCAUGGAUGGAGCUCCGGUUAAAGGAGAAUCCAUUCCCAUCAGACUCUUCCUGGCAGGAUACGACCUGACAACCACCAUGAGGGAUGUCAACAAGAAGUUCUCUGUACGCUACUUCCUUAACCUGGUGCUGGUAGAUGAAGAGGACAGGAGAUACUUUAAACAACAGGAGAUUGUUUUGUGGAGGAAAGCUCCAGAGAAGAUCAGGAAAAGAAACUUCCAGCGCUACGAGUCGCCCGAGCCCCGAACCCAGCCAGUUACCGCCGAGCAGCCGGAGAUGUGAUCGCAAUGCUAUGAACUGACAAUACACACAGAAACACACCAACUCAUCACUGCUGAACAGCCAGAGGGGGGGAGGGCUGCCCCACCCAUCUCCCUGGACUGAGAAAUAUACACAUAACAUACAUGCAGACAUGCCCAUCACUACUCCACAGCUUCAGAUGCGAGCGGCCGGACCCCCUUCACCCCUCCCACCCCCCCCGGACUGAAACACACCCACGCACACACCCACUCGCAUUCAACCCACUGAGGCUGAAGGCUAAAUGUCAAGGUCAGAGUGCAAAUCCAACCAACCCACAUUAGGAACACAGAGGAAGCCUGUCUGAUCUCGGGGUCCCGAUUGAAAACACACACACACACACACACACACAAAUGAAGCCAUACAGUCUCAGUUUGCUGAAAGGAUAAAAAAAAAAAAAAAAAACUGGAGCUAAGCCGGAAGAGAGGGGAUAGCAACACUUCCGCUUCUUUUGUUUUCAUAUUUGGACAGCCAUCAUUCUGGACUGUCACAAAAUGUGAAAUGUCUGGACGGGAUGGCCGGGGAUUUAAAGUAGUCGAGACACGUGGAGGUCCGCAUGAACGAAGGACACGAGAGGCUAAGAUAUGAGGGAACACGCAACUCUUGAGUUAAAGCUACGCUGAGUUAAAGCUACGUUGAUCCGCUGUCUUCUCACUCGACCACCAGGCUGGGAAAUCCGGAGUUUCAUAGUGGCCCGCAGGCUGCUUCUUCCAUGCACGUGUCUGUUUGGUGCAACAAAUGUCCAUCUUAACAUAAACCUAUUCUUCUAUUCCAUUGUUCGAUGUGGCUGUUUUGUGAAAAUGAAAAAGAUUCCAUAUGCUAAAUUUUGCAUGUUUUCAGUGUCUGUGCCCAUUUCAUUCCGAUCAAGCAACGUUUGAUUCCAUUCGGUCUGUAAAAUGUCCAUCAUAGUAAACCCAGCGCCUUAGGUUGCGUCUACAAAGGUCCGCUUUUUGUCUGACCAACAGUCCAAAUGUAUUGACAAGAAGAAAAAAAAACAAGCGUAUUUCUUAGUCAAUUUACAAAUAGGCGAAUCGUUGCUCUGAAAGCAUCAAGCAUUCAAAUUCGCUGCUUGUCCAAUAUUCUUGAGCUCAGUACAAUGUUUGAGUGAUGUUAAGAUGAAUAUUUGAUGCACUUUUCACGGAUUGUCUGGGAUGGCCUCCAAAAAGAUUUGGGGAUUCCAUCUGGCACGAGACUUUUUGUUUAAUCUUUAGAGUGGUGUUUCUAUAAAUUAUUUAAUCACCAAAAACAUUUGGGAUUUUCUUUUUUUACUCAAUUACGUGAGUUAUCUGGAUUCAUUUGGAGUUUCUUUUACCUCCAUUUGAUUGGAUUCAAGGAUGCAAUUGUAGAGGGAUCGCAACCUGCGGCCAUAUUAAAUAUUUCUGGCUAAAUAUCUUUUUUUAAUUUUUUUUUUAUAAAACCUACUUUUUGGAACCGUUAAACUCUCCCACUCCAAUCUCACGUCCGUAGAUUUUUCUUCUAUAUCUUAAAAUCAAAGUUUAAAAAAAAGUCCUCUUGCACCUGAACAUGUAGGUUUCAUCCCCACCACACAAUCAGGGUUCACAGGGAUCACAGUCUCGGGUCUGCUGCUGUUAGAGCAGGAAGGGAUGCAGAAAUAUUCCACUGUGACGCUCAGACGGGAGGUUUAGGUCAUGCUUUAAAAGCACGCGUCCACACAGUCCGGUGACGUUAGCGGGCUCUUUUGUUGGAUGAAUUUGGCCUCAAGCGCUGAUCCGGGGCCGGUUUUGCACUUUUCCCUUCGAUGCUUAACCUGGUUUCAAAGGGGCUUUGAAGCUAAAAGUAAACAUCGCUCAAGGACGACUUCACCUCAGAUCUCCUGGUUCUAUAUUUGAAAUUAUGCUGACAUUUAUACUACUUGUGUUCGUUGGACUAGCUAACACGUCCAGAAUUUGGUUGCUCUUUAUCUCUUUCAUGUAAAAGUCACGCUGUCAUGUCUUUUACAGUUCUGAUGUAUUUGUUCUUUUGUAGUUUGCUUUUGUUUGUUUGGGAGCAGCGACAUUUAUCAAAGUCAAAGCUGUCCUGUGAGACAUUUUGUGUCUUUUCUAACAAUGUACAGGUAGGGUUUGUUUGGUGUACUUUAUAAGUACCUUCCAAGGUAAUGAAGAAUCACUUAAAUACCCAAACUCUCUGCCCCUGUCUUAGCAUGUUCAUCUUUACACAAUGUCUAAUCAUGGCGUGUUUGUGUGCGCUUGUGUGUGUGUGUGUGUGUGCGCGUGCGCUCGAGAUAUACACCUAGCCCAAAUAUAUAGCCCAAAUGAAUCGUGAAUAAAGAAUUUAUACAGAA